AUGAAUUUAUUCCGACAGAGAGGUGCACAGCGUGUGCGGGAGGUUUCGAGGAGCUAUAAACGGUUCAAUUCCUCAACCCAGACGCCCAGCCCGAUCGCCGGGCCCAAGAAGGACAGAUCCAGCUUCCUCAGGUCGGGCGGCCUGUUUCUGCUCGGAUCUAUCCUCGGUGCCGCGUACGUUUCUGUGAAAGUUGGGGGCAAUGUGCCGGAAUUUAUGUUCCCGCAGUCUUCCACGAGCAAGCUCCGAGACAUGCUUGCGCCAGCCUACGGGGACGCAGAGGACGCCCUCAAGGAGCUGACGGAUGUGCUGGGACCGUCCAAAGUGAGCAGAACAAAGACUACUUUGGACGACCACAGCGACACUUUUUUUUCCACCCACCACGCGGAGCCGGACCAGAGACCCGUUGCCGUUGUGUAUCCGGAAAGCACCGAGGAGGUUUCGGCUAUCCUGAAAGUGUGCCACAAGCACAGGGUCCCCGUGGUUCCGUUUUCGGGCGGAACGUCGCUGGAGGGCCAGUUUAUCCCUACCAGAAAGGGUAUCUGCAUCGAUCUGGGAAACAUGAACAAAAUUCUGGAGCUGCACAAGGACGACCUCGACGUCGUGGUGCAGCCGGCCGUUGGCUGGGAGGACCUCAGAGACUACCUGCAGGACUACAACCUGAUGUUUGGGCCUGAUCCGGGGCCUGGCGCGUGUAUUGGUGGCAUGAUCGGAACAUCGUGCUCAGGUACCAAUGCUGCCAGAUACGGCACCAUGAGAGAAAACGUCGUGGGAGUGACGGUUGUUCUUGCGGACGGGACGGUUGUCAAGACGAAGAAGCGUCCGAAGAAGUCGUCGGCGGGCUACAACCUGACCGGUCUUUUCAUCGGCAGCGAGGGAACUCUGGGUAUUGUGACUGAAGCCACAUUAAAAUUGCACGUGAAACCCCGUUACGAAAAUGUUUUGGUGGUUGCGUUCCCUACUUUGGUGGAUGCCGCCAACACUGUGGCAGAGAUGGUGCAGCGGGCGAUCCCGGCAAACGCGAUCGAGCUGCUGGACGACAACAUGAUGCACUACGUCAACUUCUCGGGCGAGACCAGCUCCAAGUACGACGAGCUGCCGACGCUGAUGCUCAAGCUGGGCGGCGACUCCAAGGAGUCGACGCAGCACGUGACCCGCGCCGUGGAGCAGAUCUGCAAGCAGCACAACCGCAAGUCGUUCCGGUUUGCUGAGAGCGACGAGGAGAAGUUCGAGCUGUGGAAUGCGAGAAAAGUGGCGCUGUGGUCCACGAUCAAUUACGGUAAACAGACUAUCGACGAGGACGUCCAGGUCUGGACGACCGACGUGGCCGUGCCGAUCUCGCGGCUGUGCCAGUCGCUGCAGGAGACCAAGGACGAGAUUUCCAAGGCCGGGCUCAACGCGUCGAUCGUCGGACACGUUGGCGACGGCAACUACCAUGCCGUCAUCCUGUUCAAAAAAGACCAGUACGAGCUAACCAAGAAGCUGGUCCAGGGCAUGAUCGACCGCGCCCUGCUCGCCGAGGGCACCGUCACCGGCGAACACGGCGUCGGCUAUGGCAAAAGAGACUAUCUGAUAGAGGAGGCCGGCGAGGACGCGAUCGACCUGAUGCGGAAGAUCAAGAUGGCGCUGGACCCGAACCGGAUCCUCAACCCAGACAAAAUAUUCCGGAUCGACCCCAACGACGUGGGCGGUCACUAA